UGUGAAACAGGCAGUGAGGGGUUUUUAUCACAUGGCUCUGACCGCGGAGAGAGGCGAGUCAAAGAAGGUGCAGUGAGGAAGUGUAAUGUCACAUGCAACACUUACAGGAAACUGGGCAGAAGAUAGCAGGGGAACUUGAGAACUUGGUCGUUUUCAGCGGAUUAAAACAACUCAGGUGUCCUGCUCUCUUCCUGGCUCUGUAAGGACACUGUGGAACGACCCACGUGAAGGCUUCAGCAGUGGAGAUACCAUGUGUUAGCAGCUCAUUAUUAGCUUCUGGUCUACUAGUGGCUUCAGGAAGGGUCAUCGAUUGACCAUUUCGGCAGUGGUCCAGGGCCCACCUGUCUCAUAAAAAGGUUUGUCAGCAAGACUGUUGAAAGCUUAACUGUCCAAGAUGCCCGUCCCUCCCCCUCCAGCACCUCCGCCACCGCCCACGUUUGCCCUGGCCAAUACAGAAAAGCCUUCCUUGAAUAAGUCAGAGCAGGCUGGGAGAAACGCUCUUCUCUCCGACAUCAACAAAGGGAAGAAACUAAAAAAGACAGUCACCAAUGACAGAAGUGCACCGAUAUUGGACAAACCUAAAGGAUCUGGUGGUGGUGGUGGCGGUGGUGGCUUCGGUGGAGGCGGCGGAUAUGGCGGAGGAGGUGGCAGUGGAAGUGGUGGUGGCGGUGGUGGUGGUGGCUUUGGAGGAGGUGGGCCACCCGGUUUGGGAGGACUGUUCCAGGCUGGAAUGCCAAAGCUGAGAUCCACAGCCAACAGGGACAAUGAUUCUGGAGGAAGCCGACCCCCGGUUUUGCCACCGGGAGGAAGAGCCACAUCUACCAAACCCUUCUCGCCCCCAAGUGGCCCGGGGAGGUUCCCUGUGCCUUCUCCAGGCCAGCGAAGCGGACCGCCCGAGCCCCAGAGGAACCGAAUGCCUCCCCCGAGGCCUGACGUGGGCUCGAAGCCUGAUAGCAUGCCCCCUCCAGUACCUAACACGCCAAGACCCAUUCAAUCAAGUCUGCACAACCGGGGGUCCCCACCGGUGCCUGGUGCCCCCAGGCAGCCUGGCCCCGGGCCGACUCCCCCCCCUUUCCCCGGAAACCGAGGUGCUGCUUUUGGAGGAGGCUCCAUCCGUCAGAGCCCCUCAGCCUCAUCCGCCAACAGGCCUCCCCUGCCGCCUACCCCGGGCAGGGCCUUGGAUGACAAGCCCCCGCCACCCCCUCCCCCGAUGGGCAACAGGCCCUCCAUCCACAGGGAAGCCGGCCCACCUCCGCCCCCCCAGAACAGCAAGCCCCCGGUGCCUUCCACUCCGCGGCCUUCCUCCUUGUCACAGGCCCCACCUCCGCCGCCGCCCCCCAGCAGGCCUGGCGCUCCCCCCCUGCCUCCAGGUUCCAGUGGCAGUGACGAGAUCCCAAGGCUCCCGCAGCGGCAUUUGUCCCUCUCCUCGUCUGCACCUCCCUUACCUUCACCUGGACGUUCGGGCCCUCUUCCUCCCCCGCCCAGUGAGAGGCCCCCUCCUCCAGUGAGGGACCCACCGGGCAGAUCAGGCCCUCUCCCACCACCUCCUCCGAUAAACAGAAAUGGCAGCACAUCUCGGGCCCUGCCUGCCACCCCGCAGUUGCCGUCCAGAGGAGGUGUGGACAGUCCCAGGGGUGGGCCUCGGCCUCCCCUUCCUCCAGACAGGCCUGGUGCUGGGGCCCCUCCUCCACCUCCACCAUCAGCAUCAAUUAGAAACGGCUUCCAAGACUCUUCAUGUGAAGAUGAGUGGGAAAGCAGAUUCUACUUCCAUCCAAUUUCUGAUUUGCCACCUCCAGAUCCAUAUGUGCCAACAACCAAAACAUAUCCCAGUAAACUGGCAAGAAAUGAAAGCCGGAGUGGAUCCAACCGAAGAGAAAGGGGUGCCCCACCUCUGCCGCCCCCCCUGAGGUGAUCCUUGCCUGCUCUUCUCCACCCGAGCCCCACAGCAACUUCUGCUGUUGCUAUCAAGAGUCGCACACCCUCCUCCCUCGUCCCUGUCAUAGAAGGAGUAGGGAAGAAGGGAGGGUGACACGGGAGUAUGUGUGUGAGGGGUGGAAAUCUGAUAAAGAAAUGCACCUAGAUCUUUAUUCUGUGUAUAUUCUCAAAGCUAUUGCUUGCUUCAGCUACAGCCCAACAGUGUGUACAGCUUAGGGGCCAACUGGCUUUUAUGGCAAGUAGGCAGAGAUGAAUUGUGUUCCAGGUUUCAACCAACCAAGUACAAAUUCAAACAUUCACCAUAAAUUUGCUACAGACAAUAUUAAAGUCCCUGAGAGCUGCUUGCUUCCAUGCCUUUUUUGCAUGCUUGGCCUCCUGUCUGUUUCCAUGAACCAUGGGCCACCUAAGCAAGUUGCUGAGCAAGGGCUCACAUGAAGUGUUUGUGGUUAGAGAGUAUAAUUUUUGGCAGCCUGAAGCAGGCUCCAGGACAGAGCUGUCCAAAAGAAAUAUAGUGUGAGCCACAUAUACAAUUUAAAUAUCUCUAGUAGCCACAUUAAAAAAGAAAAAGAAAUAGGUGAAAUUAAUUUUAACAUAUUUUAUCCAAAAUACCAUCUGGCCUGCAAUUAAAAUAGUAAUUAUUAAUGAGGUAUUUUACAUUAUUUUUAUUUGGUACUAAGUUUCAAAAUCUGGUUUUGUGUCUUACACAUAAAGCACAUCUCUCUUUGGACUCGUCACAUUUCAAGGGCUCAGUGGCCACGUGCAGCCAGUGGCUGCCAUGUUGGACAGCGCAGGUCUAGAAGACAGGAUAGCGCAAAACCCCUUGUUUAAAAAACAGAAAAUGAAAGAUGAGCUUUAGCAAUUCAAGAAGUAACUAAGAGUAAAGUUAGGACCCAACACCUUGUCUGGCAGGUAGCUUGACCUUAGAUUUUGUUCCUUAUUCUCUCUCUUCUUCCCUUAACGAGUAUACGAGUGUUGCUUCAGAGUACCAAGAUCAGAAAUUGCUCUAACAGCGUUUACAGUUAUGUGGAGUAAAGCCAUUGGAAAGGAACGAAAGCCUGUUGGGGCUUCCAGGCUCAGCACCAGCAGCCUGGAGCUCACCCGUCAGCUGCACUUCUGCCUGGCCUCCCAGCUUGCUCCUCGGGGUGGGGCGGCUCAGUAGCAGAGGGGACAGUCAGGGAAAGGUAGCAAAUCAGAAACACAGAAAAAGGGGCCAGAUUUGGGUUGAUGGGCGAAACUGUAAAAUAAAUCUGAUGCGUAUGGGGUUGAGAGAGAUUGUUGCUGGAAUUGGAGGAAAUUUGAAACUGUCCGGGACAAGGAGUCGUUUGCCUUGGAUCUAUGCAAAUGAAGCUCCCAAAUGGGCCAUAGGGAAGAGCCAGCCUUGCCUUUUGAUGUAUGAUUUUGUUUACAGACUUCACUGGGACUUUUAAAUCUAACUAUGGAAUUGGAACAAAACAUUUCCAUUUAUAUAUUUUAUACAGUUGAUUAUGUUUGAAAUGACCAUUACUUAUUUUUUUAAAGCCACAUGGCCACAUAUGUAUGUGUAUGCCUACAUAAACUUUGUAUCAUGGUUUCAGUGCGUUGUUCAUGUAUUACUGGGAGAUACUAACGAGAAACCAAUCCAAAGAAGAUUUUGAAAAAAGCAUUCCUAUUUAUAGAAGAAAUAAUUGUUUCAUUUAUAUAAAAGCAAAAGAACUUAGAGUUCUAGUAAAUGGGAUGUCUAAUAAAUUAUGAUAUUACCCAUUGAAUAUAUUGUAUUUUUAUACCUUGUCUUGCCAAAGUCCUGGGCUUAGCACAUUACAGAUCUUGGGUUCCCCCCCUCCUCUGCCAUUCAUUUGUCUUUCAGAAACUUGGGGUCCUUUACCCAAAGAAUCAAGAAAUAUAAAGGUAUAACAACCUUGGCAAAGUAUUUUUACAAAAAGUUCAUAUUUUGGUAACAUAGCAGCAGCAUCACUUUAUUAUUGGACUCUUUGAUCAGAUAUCAUUCUUUAAUUGAUGGUUGAUUAAAACUCCUGUGAGAAAGCCUAAUGACCCACCUCAGAAAAGGGGCCUUGCUGGCGAAUAUGGCAAAGAAAAGUGUCAGCCAAAGAAAGUGGGUUGGAGUUUUAUAAGGGAGAGCAAGAAUGGCCAAUUUCCUCACACACCCCAACUCUGCAGGUGCCAUCCUAAAGUCUGAAAUGGGGCCACAACUUAUAGUUGCUAUUCACCCAGGAUAGAGAUGUUUUAGAAUGUGUUUUUUAAGUGAAUGUUUCAUUAAUACACUUAUACUCUUGCUUUGAAAGUUAGAAACCUAAUUGCAUCCAAAACUUUAAAUAAGUUCUAUGCUAAUAUUUUUAACGAUGGUAAAUCACAAAAAUGAAUAAUCUUCUUCCCUGAAAUCAGAGCUUAUGUGUGUUUUUUUCCAUAAAACUUCCAGGUAAAUGUAUUCAAGAUGCAAUACAGUAUUUUAACAUUCACAUAUCAUUUUAUAUGGAAAUGUAUUACAGUAUUAAAAUUCAGUGUUCAGUAUUUAUUUCACUGCAUUUUAUUUAGUAAAAGCUGGGAAGAAUGUUUAAUCCAAUGGUGCCUUACUUUGUGAUUUGAAAGAAAUCCACUUUUUAUGUCUAAGUAGCAGAUUAUUUGCAUAUUUGUAAAACCUGUUAGGCCUUUAUAUUUUAACUUGUAAUACAGAUUUUGUUAUCUGAGUAGCAAAAAUGGGAUGAUUAUUAAAGCGCCCCAACAUUUUUGGCAUGAAAUUAAUUUUCCCUGUUUAUAGUCAGGGACUGUAAAGGAGGAAAAAAAUGUUUUUCAUACCACUGCACUAUGUAAACAUGCACAUUUUCCUAUCUGUUUUAUCAGGAUAGUUUAAAUGGUGGGCAAGAGUCUACUUGAGACAUCUGCCUCUGUGUAGUAAGUUAGCCAGACAAUAAAUAAAAGCAGAACAA